AUGGCCACGCAUCACGUUCGUCACCCGUCCCAUCAAUCCAAAAAGUCGCAACCUGCGCACGCACGGCCUUCCAGGCCUCUGUCAAAGCGGACUCAUUCCCACGGAAGCAAAUCCGCUUCCAAAGUCGUUCAUUACAAGGAAGUCGAAUCCGACGAAGACGAGGACUCAAUGGCGGUUAGCUUUUUAAACUACUGCACUGUCUGCGAGAAGCAAAUUAUUGUUCCUAGUAACUCUGUGCUAUACUGCUCGGAAAGCUGCAAGAAGAAGGACACCGAGAAGAGCCUUACCUAUUCAUACGAUCAUUACUCACCGCCAACUACGCCGUUUGCCAACUUCACCUUCGACGACUUUGCCUUCCGCGACAUUGUACCUCAGCGCUCCCCCACUCAGCCUGAGUCAAAACGCUCGUCAUGUGCUUUCUCCGACAUCUCAUCAGACGACAACAGCGCCGACCGGUAUCAGCGCUUUGAUUCGGACGCGUCAAAAUACGUUCGCAAAUUCCAAUCACCUGCAUACUUCCCUGAUACCGUUCGACCCCGCUACAACCGUAACUCCACUUCGCAAAUCAGCUUUAGUACCGCUCCUUCGCUCUCACAUACCCCGGCCUCGUCGGUGAGCUACUCGCUUCCAUACACACCCGCCACUACAAGGCCUCUCCCACCUAGGACAAAGCCGUCGCAUAGUGGAUCCUAUGGAGCCAAGUCGAUCGACCUGGUUACCCCAUUAACGGCUCCGUCGAGCCCAAAGUCAUACUCGCACAAGUCAGCGGCAUCCAUAUCAAAAACGUCUACUAGUACAAUCGAAGGCGAGAUUGUCUAUGCCAAGUCACCGGUCCCUGAGCCAUCGUUCGCCAGUGGAAGUCUUGGUCGAUUGCUUGCUUCAACACCUCGUUAA